ACACAUCCAGUAAUAAGAUGGCGGUCAUACACAGACGCCAAUUUCUGCUGCUGCUGCUGCUGGUAGUGGACCUAGUGGUAGAGGUGGAAGCCGAAGAUGUUAUCUCAUCAGUGUGGGAUGGUGACGACGAUGACUACGAUGAUGGUGCCCACUUCUCCGGCCUACCAGAGAAAUUCCUUUGUCCCUCUCUCCUUCCCAAAGCCCAAACCUUCUUCUACAUCACCCUUCGUUUCUCCCACUGUCUGUCUCUCUCCCGGGUUCGAUCAGCUCCCUGAAAUCGCCCACAACAAGGUUCUGAUAGCAGCAGGGGUUUCGGCGGCAAUAGGGCAGCUCUCGAAGCCCUUUACUUCCUCUCUUCUCUACAGCCGCAAAUUCGAUCUUGGUUCCGCCAUUCAACCAGGGGGAUUUCCUUCUACCCAUUCAUCUGCGGUUGUGGCCGCUGCAACGUCGCUCGCUCUUGAAAGGGGGUUUUCUGACUCAAUCUUUGGUAUGGCUGUUGUUUUUGCUUCCCUUGUCAUGUAUGACGCUCAGGGAGUGAGAAGGGAAGUGGGCAAUCAUGCAAAAACCAUAAACAUGACACUUUCCAAGACACGGUUUCAUUGUAAUGAUGGAGAUGAUAUGUCAACCACUCAACCGGGAAAACCAUCAUCAAAUAUAGAGACUUCUCCUGCACCCAAACGAACAAAUGCCACUCUAUUAGCUAGAUCACCCAACAGGCUGAGACAAACCAGUUCAACUCUGAUGUCUUCUGGCUUAGAUACUGAUGCUGAAGAAGGAUCAAAGAAAGUUAUCAAUCCAUUGAAAGAAACAGUCGGCCACACUGAGGUUGAAGUCCUAGCAGGCGCCUUGCUAGGUUUCUUUGUCAGCCUGGCAGUGCAGACCAUGCUAUGAUGUCCAUCCAUUUUCUUUUGAUCAAUUCAUUUCAAACUUUAUUUGUUGACAUCUACCUAAGUUUUUGACACCCUUUUGAGUCGUGUCACAUAAGGAAAUAAGGUCAGAUUUAGGCCUAGAAGCGUCCAACAAGUCUGUUCCAAACUUUUGGCGUUGUUCAGAGUUACUGAGAUGAACAAAUCCCAAUUUAUAGAAUUGUUUUUAAUUUAA